AUGAACCCAUCAUCUUCAUCCCCAUCCUUCUCUUCGCCACAGCAACAACAAUCUUUGUUCCACACCAACAACAAUAACUCCAGACCACCUUCACAGCGAAGUUCCUCCGGUUCGCAACGUGAGACACCCUCCAUAAUACCCUUAGAUUAUAAUUAUCAAGUUAUGGCACCCUCAGCGUUGAGGCCACAAACCGGACGUUAUCCAACGCAUUUGCCCUCACGUUCUUCCACUCGGCAAAGUAGCAAUCCCGAAGUGGAUGUGGAUACGGAAAUUGAGCCGGCUUUUAAUUCUCUGUUUGGUGAUCCAAUACCUCCCCCACCGCCAGAUGAUUUUUUGGGUAGUGGCUUUGUUUCACCGGCCUUUUUAAGAUCCACUUCGGUGGAGCUAACCUCCGAUGAGGACCAGCUACUGAGUCAAGUUCCUCAGACGCAACGUCUAUUUCCCCAGGUACCUUAUACCAGCCUAAGGGGUAGACGAUUUUCAAACAUCUCCACACCCUCACCGAGAAAUUUUGAAAUACUACCUUCAGCCAUACCAAGGCUGAAACCACCUGACAUACAAAUACUGCCAAAUUCCAGUGGAGAUUCUUCUUCGGGUCAUCAGAAUUCACCGAAUUAUAUGCUUCUCACGCCCAGUGAAAUGUUGAGGGCUUCGUCGGGUUAUGAGCCCACGGGGUCAGAGGAUAUUGUGGAGCUGAAAGAAACCUAUACCAUAAGUGAUAAUCGUACGCUGCGAGAAUAUUCAGAGGCGAGCAGUAUCAGGAAAUCAUCGACACCGGCUAUCAGGGAGAAGGAGGAUCAGGAAGCCAAGGGCCCCUCACCGGAUGCCCUAAUGCCGCGACAAUUCUCCAAUGAAUCGUAUUCGAGCGGAGAAUGGUUUCGUCAGGCCAGUCUAGAAUAUCCCGAAUUCAAUAAAAUGCCCACCCUAAGGCCUAGUUCGAAAAAUGUUAUGUCCAUUAAGCGGGAUGAAAUGCCUCUCCGCUCUCCGGUGGCGGCCAUGAUCAAUGAUUCCAGUAGCAGCGGGGCAGAGGAAAGACUAAUGUCGAGUACCCAAGUUCUAGAUGAACCUAGCGUUUCUUUGGAUGGUUUGAGGCCACCUCUAAGGCCUCCCAGUCCUUCACCCUCCUGUCUGAGAUCCUUAGAGGAAUCACCUUCCUUGAUUCUCACACCACGGGAAUAUAUCAAGCAACGACGGAAAAGUGAAGGCGAUUCUCCUCUGCCUCCUUUACCACCACCACCCAUACCACCACAACCUCAUCUCUUGGCAGAGGAUCCCACUGAGCCUGAAACACCGCUACAGCGUCAGCGAUCACCUGUGAUAUUGAAAGACUCCAUAACAACGGGAGGAGAUUAUAGGGUUGAACAAUCCCGCCUACACAAAAAGACCUCCUUUACGAUAUUGAAUGAGAAGCCCCUACCCAUGUCUUCCCAAAGUCCCCGCUAUCAAAGGACUCGAGAGCUAAGUUCUCCCUCUCUGAUACCAGGGAGAUCGAAGGCACCCAACACCCCUCAAAAGUCACCCAUGCAGCGUAAGUCGUUAUCAUCCACCCAGCUUAAACUGCCUCAGCUAAUGCCACCCUUGGCCGAAAUGACGGUCGAAGACUCACCAAGGCCGUCGGUACAAUUCGAUAUGAGUGGGCGGUACAGCCCCAGUAAACUGCCAACCCAAAAGGGUAUUUUACAUCAACGAGAAUCCGCAACCACCACAUCCAAGCGCCGCCCCUCAACCUUGCUGGGCGAAUCGAUGGAACCCACUUCCAAAUCAAAACCCCACAUGAAAAGUAUGGAAGCAUUACCCAUGAUCACCGAUCCCUAUCGAACCUCUAUACCAAGACUGAAUCGUUCUGCCUUAGAUUUAAGACCUGAAAAGGCGGUGUUUCCUCCUGGAGCUCUACCGCGACCCAUUAAACCCAAUCCCAACCCCACGCGCAAGCAGAAAGGCCUCCUCAAAGUACUCAAUCAUGAAGAGAUUCUGGCGCGCAUUCCCUCCAAAUCAAAUUGGGCUAGUAUGGAAGAUCUGACCACAGAAGCUGCGGGGAAACCUUUAUUAUCUCCCCUGCAUGGUGAGAAAACGAGAAGGAGAUCAAGUUCAACCUCACCCUCAAGGCGUAGCUCCACACAAACCACCUCAGAUCGGCGAAGUUCCAAUCUCAGUUCUGUGACAACUUCGGAUUUUAGUUUUAGACGACCAUCCAUCUCCGGUGCUGGGGGAAAACCUCAAGCCUCCUCCACACCCCAAACUCCACGAAGAAGAAAGUCCAUAUUUCAGCCACCCAGCCCCCAGAGUAUGCGGAGGAAAUCUUCUUCAAGUUCUAGUGUGGCCAAUCUCACAACCACGGGGAGGCCGUUGAGGACCAAAAUUGCCAAACCCACACCCCUGUCUCCGAUUAUUGGCACUCCCAAUAAGGAUAGCAGUUCCGCGCAAAGUCCCACCCAUGCAAUGAGAAUGGGAAUGGUGGGACCACCUUCAGAUAGUUUAUCGGAUAGUAAUUCACGUCGGGACUCCUUGUCGAAAAUUCCCGUCAGAAGUCAAACAAAUUCAAGGGCAAGUUCACGUUUGGAAAUGCAGGAAUCGCGGGCGGCAUCGAGAUCAGGUUCACCAAUGAAGGAGAUAGGGGAUGAUAGUAUGGACAUGCCGGGAGGGAUGAUAGAUUAUGGUGGCGCCCAACCGGGAAGUCGGUCAGGUUCCAGAGCGGCGGAGUAUGGUGGCGCCCAAGCGGGAAGUAGAUCAGGUUCCAGAGCGGCAGAGUAUAUUGGAGCCCAACCUGGUAGUAGAUCAGGAUCCAGAGUGGCAGAUUAUAGUGGCCCCCAACCGGGAAGUAGAUCGGGUUCUAGGGCGGCAGAUUAUACUGGCGCCCAACCUGGUAGUAGAUCAGGUUCCAGGGCGGCAGAUUAUACAGGCGCCCAUCCCGGUAGUAGAUCGGGUUCCAGGGCGGCAGAGUAUGGUGGCGCCCAACCGGGUAGCAGAUCAGGCUCCAGAGCGGCAGAGUAUGGUGGUGCCCAACCGGGCAGUAGAUCUGGUUCAAGAGCAUCACAAUAUGGUGGCGCCCAACCUGCCAGCCGUUCGGGUUCCCGAGUUUCCUUGUAUGCUGGAGCCCAACCAGAGGAAGGAAGCGACACAAGAGUAGAUUCCAGAUCACAUUCUCGUGCAGAAGAAAUGGGCCAAGCAAGAAGGGAAUCAAGAGCUGGAUCUCGAUUAGAUGAGAGGUCACAAUCAAGAAUAGCAUCACGCACAGGAUCACGUGUUGGUUCUCGCUCCACCUCAAGAGCAGGUUCACGAGCUGCCUCAAGAGCCGAAUCACGCAGUCAUUCACGUUCCCAAUCCCGAGCACCCUCACGUUCAACUUCGAGAGCAUCAACGCGACCCAUUUCCCUACCUGGCUCUCGGCCUCAAUCACGAAUGGAUUUGGCCAAGGAAAUUGCCAACUCUCGAUCGAAUUCCCGACUGAGUAUGCAUUCUGUGCAGCGGGGUGGUGGUAGUAUAUCUCCUCAGGGUCAACGGAAAUCCUCGAGUAAAUCUCCAGCAGGAGGUAGGCGGAAAUCCAUAUCUGUUAGUCCAAAGAGGAGCACACCAAGGAGAUCCGCAUCGCGGAGAAGUUCCAUAAGUCCUCAGCGUGCUAAAUCAAAAAGUCGUUCACGUAGCCGCAGUAAAUCUAGAACGAGUCCGGAGAGAUUUUCACGGUCCCGCAUCCCCGUGAGUCAUAAAGACGAACGAAGAUCUUCACAGAAGCGAAAACCCCCAAUACCGAGUACAGAUAUCAGGCGUACCUCCUCGAUAAAAGGAAAGUCAGCAGCAGGAAAGCCUCAGACAAGUGCCAAAAAGACACCAACUUCGGUACGCAAAGCCGAGGCUGGAGCACGGAGAACUCCUUCCUCUGUGAGAAAACCGGUUGGGGCAAGUAAAAAAGAAACACCAACGGCAGCAAGGAAAUCGGAAACCCGGAAACCAGCCAUACCCAAAAGAGAACCCUCCAAUCUCUCUAAGAAACCUGCAGGACCUGCCACUCUCAAGAAAAGAGAACCCUCCUCCAUGAACUUGAAAAAGAAACCCGGAGAAGGGAAACCUGGCACCACCACAGGGACCAAGAAAACGGACGCAACUAACAAAAAACAAACUGGAGCUCAAGCUGCGGCUGCGUCUUCCAGUAAAUCUGAAAUGUCUUCCUCCCAGGCCAUGGCGAAACCUUCCAAAAGUGAUAUGGCCUCAACCUUUGUGGUACAAAAGAAUGGAGAACCCACAGCGGCAACAGCCACGGCCACUGCAGCAGUGGCAGCUGCCGAUGUGGCCACUCUCUCCGCAUUGAAGAGACAACCCUCAUCGAUGUCUUUGAUGCGUGUAAGUUCGAAAAUAAGUCUGCUCGGUAAGAAACGAUCCGAUAGUAAUCUUAGCAAGAAAACUUUGGACCUUAUUGUCCCUCAAACCCCUGGCAAGGCGAAUGAGAAACGAGGUAAGUCCACAACUCCAUCUCCAACCAAACAACUACUCGAUGAAUCUGGAUCACCAUUACCCGCAGCGUCAAUUUUAGAAAAGUCACAAAAAACUUUGGAAAAUAUUCAAAAAACUGUUACCGAGGCCACGGAAGAGAUACAGAAGACCAUUAGCGAAAAUCUCACCGAUCUAAGGAGUUUUGAACAAGACAUGGGCCUUACCUCAGAUAGUGGAGCCUCACCCACACCCAGUAUUACAACGGUGGUAGAAAAGAAACCAGCUGGCGACAAAUCAACCGGUGAAUCCGUAUCACGUUUAGGUACAGCAGAAGAUCCCAACGCACAGGCAGGGCAAAAAUCCCCUAUGCCCCCCACGCAACCUAUAGAAGCCUCUGUCUCCGUGCUAAAUGCCGGUGAUGCUUCACAGAUGACACCAACGCAAAUGUCAGGCGGUAGUGUGGAUUCAUCUUCACAUCAUGCAGAUAUUUCAAAAGCCUCAACAGCGGCAGCAGGACCAGCUGCCACCGGUCCUGGAACAUCAGAAAGGGUUAGUGAACGUAGUGCUAUUUCAGUAAUGCCAGAAGUUGAAUGUGAAAGUGCAAAUUUGCAGAAUUACGAUGUGAUUUCUGGAGAACCGGAUGCCAAUGUGAUGUCUGCUGCUGUGGAUUCGGGAAAGCCCACCAGUGGUGCCGAUAGUGCUGACGAUGACUAUGCAGCGGAAGCCAAACGUAGAUCUCCUGAUGGUCAGGGUGGUUCGCAUGGUGGCAGUGGUAAAGGUUAUGCCCCUCUUGCAGCAAACGAGCGAUAUAUAUCCCAAAAAUUGCAUGUCAGGGUUCCCUCGAAGAAUCAUUAA